GGUAGUUUUUGAUGACAGGUGUUCUCAGACGGUUUCACGAGUUUCACCGAUCAUCGGUCUUCCUACCAGUUCUCAGUUCGCUCUCGACAUUCCCCCUCAAUCACACGUGGACCCAAAAAUCCUAUCACUUCCCUAAUCUAUUCUUCUAUCAAUUGACAAAAUUUUAUCGACAUUUAAAAAUAAUUUAGAGCUUCCGAAGCUCAAACAAUGGCCAAAGAUUUUACGACAAGAAUCCGGUGAAAAACCGACGCUUUUCACUCGCUCCCUCGACGCGAAUAUUUCAAGUUUAUUUUCAUUUUUAGUUCCUCCAUGUCUGUGUGUUUUGAAGUUCCCGGGGUGGGAAGAGUGUAAUUAGAUAUUAUGAUAAGAGCGGAGAAAUCAGAAUGCGGGAGGAAGAGCUCGAGAUAUCACUCAAGGUGGUGAUAGUGGGAAAUGGGGCAGUAGGGAAGUCGUCGAUGAUCCAAAGAUUUUGCAAGGGCACCUAUACGAGAGAUUACAAGAAGACUAUUGGUGUUGAUUUUUUAGAGAGACAGAUAGAGGUGGAUGGAGAAGAUGUUCGAUUAAUGCUGUGGGAUACUGCUGGACAGGAGGAAUUUGACGCUAUCACAGCGGCUUAUUAUCGAGGUGCACACGCUUGUGUACUCGCAUAUUCAGCAACCGAUAGAGAUUCGUUUGAUGCUAUACCAUCUUGGAAACUCAAGGUUGAGAAUGAAUGCGGUGAAGUACCAACGGUCUUGGUGCAAAAUAAAAUUGAUCUGGUUGAUCAGUGUCAGAUUGAUCCAGAAGAGGCAGAUAGACUUGGUCGAGCUCUCGGCUGUAAACUCCUACGAACUUCUGUUAAGGAAGACGUGGGUGUUUUAAGUGUCUUCAGGCACUUAGCUUCGAGGUGUCUCCUCGAUAUGCGCAGAUGUGAAGAUGAUUUUCAAGAUGACCUAAGACUGUACUCAUCCGGGCCUAGAUCACUCUCCGUCAUUAGUGCUUUUAGCCCGAAUGAAUGUACCCGCACUAGCGGAAACGGAACAAUUGUUCUUCGUCCUACUGGUAAACGGCACCACAAGAAGAAAAAUUUCGUCAAGAGCGCGUGCCGACUCUUGUAAUGAAUACUCAAAAAAAAAAAUGUAUUCUCUCCUACAACCUUAGUAUUAAGCAAAUGAACUGCCGCUGGGAAUCAAAAGUAAGGAUACUCCCCGCCUAUUGUCCUCCACGUAUUGCUUCAAGGACAAGCAAAAAAAAGAGGCAUUUUUGUCUAGAGUAUUAUACAUUGUACCUUCUUGUUUUGUACAUAUGUAUAUGUAUUUCACUCUUAAUUACUCCCUCUUGAGAAUUGGGUUUCACUCUCUGAGUGAUGUAAUUUAUAAAAAGGUUAAUGUGAGAUAUAAAAUUAAAUAAAGUAUAUUAUAAGUUAUAAUAAA